AUGUCUUCAUCACGACCUCCUAAAUUAAUAUCAUUGGAUGCUUUUGCUAAAACUGUUGAAGAUGCAAGAAUAAAAACUACAAGUGGUGGUUUAAUUACUUUACUUUGUGUAUUUGUCGUUUUAUUAUUAAUUAGAAAUGAAUAUAUUGAUUAUACUACAAUUAUAACAAGACCUGAAUUAGUUGUUGAUAGAGAUAUUAAUAAACAAUUGGAUAUUAAUUUAGAUAUAAGUUUUUAUAAUUUACCUUGUGAUUUAAUUUCAAUUGAUUUAUUAGAUGAAACUGGAGAUUUACAAUUAGAUAUUAUAAAUUCUGGUUUAACAAAAUAUAGAAUUAUUAAAAAUAGUGAUGAUAAUAUAAGAGAAGAAAUUGAUGAUUCUCCUGCUUUAAAACCUGAUAUUUCUUUAAAAGAAAUGGCAAAGGGAUUACCUGAAGGUGAUAAUUCAUAUUGUGGUUCUUGUUAUGGAGCUUUACCUCAAGAUAAAAAUCAAUAUUGUUGUAAUAAUUGUGAAACUGUCAAAAAAGCUUAUGCUGAAAUGAAAUGGCAAUUUUAUGAUGGUGAAAAUAUUAAACAAUGUGAAGAUGAAGGUUACGUUUUAAAAUUAAAAAAUAAAAUUGAAUCAAAUGAAGGUUGUAGAAUUAAAGGAACAGCUAAAAUUAAUAGAGUUUCUGGUCAGAUGGAUUUUGCUCCUGGUGCUUCUUUUACUAGUGAAGGUAGACAUGUUCAUGAUUUAUCUUUAUAUAUGAAAUAUAAAGAGAAAUUUAACUUUGAUCAUAAAAUUCAUCAUUUAUCAUUUGGUAAUAAAGAAAAUAAUAAUAAAUUAAAUCAAUAUUUUGAUUCAAUUCAACCUUUAAAUGAUUAUAUUUUUAAGAAAAACUCAAAAUUUCAUCAAUCAACUUAUUAUUUAAAAAUUGUAAGUACAAGAUUUGAAAGUUUAGAUAAAUUAAAAAAAGAUGAAACAAAUCAAUUUUCUGUUAUAACUCAUGAUAGACCAUUACAAGGUGGUAAAGAUGAUGAUCAUCAACAUACAUUACAUGCAAGAGGUGGAGUUCCUGGUGUUGUAUUUAAUUUUGAUAUAAGUCCUUUAAAAAUUAUAAAUCGUCAACAAUAUGCAAAAACUUGGUCUGGUUUCAUCUUGGGUGUUAUUAGUUCAAUUGCUGGAGUUUUAAUGGUGGGUACUUUAUUAGAUAGAUCAGUAUUUGCAGCCCAGCAAGCAAUAAAAGGUAAAAAAGAUUUAUAA